UUCUACCUCUCUCUAUAUAUAUAUAUAUAUAUGCAAAGGCCAUUCAUUCAUGCUGGCUUUGUGGUUCUUAAGAAUGUUGUCAUGUAUGUGCCGGAUCAGCAGAAACGGCUUUAAUUUCUUUUCAAAGUAAUAAUAUACAGGCUUCUAGUGGGCGGUAAUAUUACACUAGCUAGCAAGCUUAGUUCUGUAAUUAAUAUUUGGGAGCUACCUAAGCUAAGUUAGCCAAGCCCCAGCCCUAAUGGAGAAAACAUGCAGAGUUGUCCUGAAAAUUCGGGUCCUUGUUUUAGCUCUCCAUUUAUCUGUUGCUGCUCUUUCCUUCACCCACUGUGAUGCAAGAAGAUCAAUGCACAUAGUAGGAGAAGGAGGUGCCAGACAUCCAGCAAGAGUAAGAGUAAGAGUAAGAGAAAGAGAAAGAGGGUCAUCAUUAAUCAACAAAGCGACAAACGAAAUACAAGUAUCAAAGCACUUGGAGUUUGACAUUGGUCCCCAAUUGGAUGCCUCUAACACCGUACCCUACGGUGUCAGUUCACCAUUCUCUUUGCCACCUUACGAUUCUCUUCCUCCAGUUCCCCUGCCUGAUUAUGCCCCUCCCUUUUGUGUCUAUCCACCCUUUACCCCUCAACCUCCUUCCACAACCAUUCCCACGUUUCCACCACCACCCACCACUGCCGGAGGAGGAGGUGGUGGUGGACCCACACCCACACCCACACCGUCAUUCCCACUACCACCUCCUUCCUCUUCCACACCAUUCCAAAGCCCGCCUCCAGGCCCAGCAGCCGGUGGAGGCGGCGGCAUUAUCCCAACCCCACCACAAUCCAUUCCAUCGCCAAAUGGGCCCAAUCCACCAGAAAUUGUUCCCAGACCUCCGAGUCCGCCCACCAUUGUCCCAGGACCAACAGUACCGGUGUUGAGUCCACCUUACAAUUUUCAGCCCAGCCCCCCUUUCAAUAAUAAUGGGCCACCAUCGCCAUCGAUAUUUGUGCCGACCCCGCCGGUGUUUCAGCCGCCGGUAGUGUUUCCACCGCCUGCGGUGCCGCCACCUCCGAAGAAGGCCCCAUUUUCAGCACUGUGGUGCGUGGCAAAGCCAACAGUGCCAGACCCGAUCAUCCAAGAGGCUAUGAACUACGCAUGUGGGUCAGGAGCUGACUGCGAUUCGGUCUUGCCCAAUGGCUCAUGCUUUCAGCCAGACACAUUGCUUUCGCACGCUUCUUAUGCAUUCAAUAGUUUCUGGCAAAGAACCAAGGUCGCCGGA